UUAAUUCAAUUAUCAACCUUGAUUUCAUUAAAAGGUUAAUUGUCUCUCUGAUAAUUGUUGUCAUGUAAAUUGUCGUAUGAUUUACAUUUUUUUACAGUAAUAUUUUGCAUAAAAAUAUGAGCCUAUCAUUAUAGUCUUCCCAGCAUUUGAGAGGCUUCUUAAAUAAAUAAAUAAUAAUACGUGGUGUAUUGAUUAAUUUACUCACUAAUUUACGAGUUUGUAGCUGCGGUAUAAGGCUUACGUUGGAAGGAAAAAAUAAUACGAUACGAAGCUGUUAUUAUAAUUAUUAUAUAACUUGAAAAUAAAUAAGGAUAAAGUACAAAUCAAGUUUGGGAAGAGAGACAAGGAAGAAUCAAAGAGUACAUGCAUGCGCGAAGUACGGGGUGUUUCAUUACUAUAACUCGCGGUUUUAUCUUUCAUACAAUCCCACAACGCAAUCCGCGAUCGUUGCACUAGUACACGCUGCUACUACUGGCAAAUAUUUCUGCUAGCUAAUAGUGUCAAAUAUUUUCUGGAGCAUAAUUUUUAUUUUUACAUUAAAAAAUUAUACGUUUGUUGAUAUUUUUAUUUUUUAAUUAAUCAUAAUGAUCAAUCGCUGAGUUAAAAUUUUAUUUCAUCAUUAAAUGUUGUCUAAGAAGGCCUUACACACUUGAGAAUUGUAGAAAUGACUUCACCAGGUUCUAAUGAUAAGCUGCAAACACUCUGGGAUAAUUUCAUUCAUGCUGAGCCGCUGAGUUAUCAGAAAUCUUUGUGGUUGGAUACAUUUCUUGCUGAAUUUUUAGCACAAGUUCACGAUGGAGUAGAUAUUUCUACGAUUACUUCUUCUUGGUGUUCAUUUGGUGGUAACGGUGACGACGGCGGAGUUUCCACACUGAUAGCCUGUGAAUUGCUUUCCGAUAUAAAUGAAUUGUGUACCACAACUAAAAAUGAGGGUGGAGAUGAACUCGUUGAGCUCCGCAAAUACUUGAUUGAGGGACGCGGAUGGCGGUGUUUGGCAGUUCUCGAUUUACUUGGUGGUAUUCGAGAUCUCUCUUGUGGUCGACAACUGGUCGCCCUUCUCAUAGCUCUGUACCCGGUCGUUGCUUCACACCAUGAGCAAGAUCAGUGUGAGGAUGCCGAGAAAAAGAAACCGGUGGAAGCAAACCGUGUUACUUUUUAUAAUCCAUAUAUUAAAUUAAAUUUCAAUGAUGAAACUGUUGAUCAAUUGGAUAUUAUAUCUAAAAUGAAAAAAAAAAAUUAUCAGAGAAAGUUUAAUUAUCAUCACAAUGUAAAUAAUGACGCAGAAAUAUCACGUAAAAAAAUAAAAAAACACAAUGCUAUUGCAAAUGGAAAAAGACGUGAAUUGCGCACAGUUAAAAAUUAUAAAUCAGAUAAUGGAAAAACUGAAACUAAUUACACUGACUCAAGUACUAAUGAGUCUGAUUAUGUACAUGCGGAUGAUGAUAUUGAUCAAACACGUUCUUUGAUGUUUAAGAUACGACUUAAUCCGAUGGAUUUUGAUUACUUUACGCAUGUAAUAAGGAGUGAUGGAAAAAUUGACGAGGAUGAUGACGACAACGACGACGACAAUAAGAUUGAUAAAAAAUAUAUUGCGAUAGGAGUAAAAAAGAAAUUUAAUAAACCAUCUAAUAAAAAUAAAAAAAAUGAAAAAUAUUUUAUCGACGAUCGGGUUAAAGUUGUUUUAGCCACCAAGAUCAGCAAUUUAGAAAUGAGUUUUCUUAUUAUGCAAUUGCUCCAAAGUAUAACAAAAUAUUAUGAAAACACUUCUGUAGAGCAAGCUGUUGCUGUUAAAAUAGUUAAAUUUUCUUUGGAUACUUUGUGGUCACUGCAAUUUGGUACUGAUUCUGAUAAUUUAACUUCAAUUGAAUGUCUCAGGUUGAAAGCAGCCACUUCAAGACUGAUGUUGACCGGUUUGGACGGAGUUCUUACUCUGGAUGAUCAGCUAAUGACUGCUGUAAUAAACAACGGGUUGCUACCAAUGAUAUUGAGACUGUUAGAAGACAGUUGCAGUAGUAAAUUAAUCCUUUCAACCAGCCCAGAAGAGGGUUCAUUAUUACAAGAGUGUAUUUAUGGAAUGACAUACGGUACUCUCGCAUUUCUUUAUUACUUUAUCAGUCAGGGGAAAAAAAGCUUGGAUAAGCUAAAUGACUUUUUAGAGUUAUUCCAGCUAUUUAUUGAGAGUCAAGAUGGUAAAUUGAUCGAGAAAACAAUAGUGACAAUAUUAGAUUUACCAAGUAUUGAUUCAUCGAGGUCGUUGACUCGAGCACAGAAAGUUAUCGACAUGAUAGGCGUACUGAUAAACGGUCUCAAGCACAUAAAACAGGAGCUCGCUUGCAUAGGACAGCAGUCCAAGAUCAAUCAUAGCUCCAAUAACAUCAAGUCUAAGUAUAAUCGUCUUACGGAAACUGAUUCUAUUCAGUCCUAUCAUCAUUACCAUCAUAAUGAUGUACUUGGAGUCGUAUAUUAUCAGCCUACAAUGGUCGCCAAUAUAUCCCAUCAAGCAUGUGGGUGUUCUAUUUCAUCCCUCUUUAUUAUUCUUAUAAGAUUGCUGAAAGAAUCUUCACGAUUUGACUGUGAUUUUCAAGUGAGGCUGCUAAAAAUAAUGAAAAACUCUGGUACAUGCUGCUGCUUUCCUUUAAAAAUAUUACUCGUUAAUAUUAUUAAUUAUGUUAAAAAACAACCGCAUAAUAAACAUAUUUACUCGUCAUGCAUCGCAUUACUCGAGCGGUGUCUAUUUAAAGAAAGUUACAAUUUGUCAUCAGCUGCCAGUGCUAGUGAUGACAAUGAUUCGCACGAUAAUUGCAAUAUCUGCUGCAGUAAAUCAUCUGAUUACUCGUGGGAUUUUAUCGAGCUGUAUGGAUCUCUAUUAUCGCCGGAAAAUUCUCAUUUAUGCUGUAUGACGAUGGCACAUUUAGUUAAAGUCACUUCGCAUUUAGAUUUAUCAGUUAAAUAUGAAAUGCUAUCAAAAGUCUUUUACCCGACAUUUUUAAAAGCAAAAAAUAAUUAUUGUAAAUUAACUAUUGACAGUAAAUCAACGACGACUGUUGAAUUUAUUAUCCAAUCAUGCCUAUCAAUUAUUUCCAGUCUAAUUGUUGACGAUAGUUUGUGCGAAAAAUUUAUCCAGCUCAAUGGAUUAGAAGAGGCGCUGGAGUUAUUGUCAAUUGGCACAUUUACAAGAUCCGUGUGCAAUUUGCUGCAGAUAUCUGUGAUAAUGGAAAUUUUUAACUCUACAAAACAUGAUAUUAAUGCCGAAGGGACGGCCGAAUUCAUCGAGUAUUCACCGCAAAAGUUUUUAUUUGAAAUUCUCGAACAUGAAACUCACAGGAUUCUCUGUGAUAUUGAUGAUAUUAAAAAAUUUAAACAGCGACAGUGUUCAACAGAAAAAUCUACUAGUGAUUUAUUUUCUAAUGACGAUUAUGAAUUUAAUAGAGAAAAAAAGACUGAUGAUAAUAUAGAAGAAAUAAAUAGUGUAGAUAAAAAUGAAACUGAAGAAAUUAAAAAUAUGAACAAACAAAAUGAAUUAUUGAUGAUGAGUUUUUAUAAAGCUAGUGCAGUAUGGCGUACUGCUGCCGGUGUAGCGCUUUAUUGUCCUAAAUUUCGUCAAGACUUUGCAACCCAUCCUACUAUUGUAGAAUCAUCAUUAAAUCUUCUUAAGAUCCUCGUAGUUAGUAUUGUCGAAGAUCGCAUUCUAGACGUAAACAAAUGGGCCCACAAACUUGCCGAAACAUUAAUCACCUGUAACUUGACAUCCGCAUUAUAUAAUAAUUGUGACAUAAUAAACGUGCUCAAAAAGACACUGAUAAAUGCCGGAGUUAAAUUUGGAAAAGGAAUUGCCGUUUUGGUGGAAAUAUUUCUCAAAAUCGCUAUGCUUAAACCUUGCCGAGAACAAAUUGCAUUACAGCCUGGUCAACUCAGACUACCGACAAUGAUAUCAGAUUGCUCAUCAUCGGUACCAGAUUACGGCGCUGACGAAAGCAGUGCAGGUGAAUACGUCACUGCUGAUGAUGGAUAUGAAGCGGAUAUUGAAAUUCCAAGUAAAAGUUCCAGAGAUGAAGAUAGUAGUAAUCAGCAUAAUAAUUUACCCAAGGGGACAAAUUCUUUGAGAUCUAUUUUCGACUCUCGAGGUGGACAUAUCAACACCAAUAUUACUGCUCAUCCAGCAUUAUGCUCAUUAGUGAUUGACCUACUGAUCCAGUUUAGUGAACAAGGAUUGGAUACUGAGAGAUGCAUUAUUGUGAGUCAAGGACUUAGGAAGGUUGCGGUUACUUGUCGAGAAAGCGUAUCAAAUUGCGCUGCACUUGCAGGAUCCGGGGUCAUUGCCAAAUUGUUAAAUGGAUUUAGACAAAUUUUGAUAAGCAAACAUCCUCAACAUGAAGAUUUACAACAAGCGAUACUUCAAGUCUUUAGAUUAUUAGCCACUCAAUCAAUAUCUCCAGACGAAUUAUUACUCUAUUUUUCAUUAUUUAAAAUUCAAUCUCCACCUAUGUUGUCUCUCUUACAACCACUUCAUCGAUUAGUUAUAAAUCUACAACCCCAGCCAAAUUUUAUUCUCUCAUUUCCGCUUGUUUCAACACCGAACUUAUGCAAACAAAGUCCACGAGUAAAAGAAGAAUGCAAAAAUAUCGAAAAAGUAUCGAAUACUGUCCACAAUUAUCGUGAGAAACAUUUAUCUGCGGGCGUUUACAGUCCGUGGUCAGUUCACGCUACAUGUUUACCUAUUGGCUCAGAAUUAUCGUGGUCUGUGUGGUUGCAAGGAUGCUCGGCUUCGAUGUGGAUACGAGUGGAACGGGGAGUGCUAUUGGGCUCAAGAUUAACAGCAGCUAAAACUUCUCCUAUUAAUUUGUUUAAUUCUGAAAGUGAUAGUCUAUCUGAAUGGGGAACCUCUAUUUUAUCGGAUAACAAUUUUUGGAGCCGUGAAAUAUCUGCAGAAUCAAUAUCUCCACCGCCACCCCUAACUACAAUCGUUCAUUUGAUGUCUAUUGGUUUUGAAUCACUGAUACUGGAAACUUGGCUAGAUUUGCGAUCGGAUAAAUUAAUUGUUCGCUUGAGUCGACCUCAUGAGAAAAGCAAUACUGUUAUUUCCGAAACCUCUAUCAGUGGACUGUUACCUUCAGGACGCUGGCAUCAUUUGGCAAUUAAUUUCAAAGACACUGUGCUGAAUCGAAAAUGCGCAGUGGUACAAGUGACGAUUUGGGUAGACGGUUGGCGCGAAGCUAAUGUUGAACUGCCGUUUGACGGUUUAUUGGUACGAAAACCAGCUACAACUACUUGCGUUAUGCUUGGUCAAUCUGCUGUUGUCAGCAGUGGUAAUGAAACUACUGGUGGAGCUUGGUAUUUAGGAAAUCUCAUGUUAUUUAGGUAUCCAGUUUUUACGAAAGAACGAGCUUUAUACUUGACAAGCUUUGGGCCUAAUUAUACAAAUAUCGCAGAUUGUAUAUUAAAUUCCAUAAAACCAGAUUUCGCGUCACUCAUUGCGUCUGGCUCGACAAAUGGAGUACGUCAAGUGAAAUUCAAGAGUGGAAAAUUUGACGUUAACCGAAGAAAAUCAUACGGAGGAACUUAUCUCCGACGUAUUGUUGAAACUAAAAUAGUUUCUGUAGACUCCGAAAUCGAUUGGAAUUCCGUGAUGAAUGAUGAUACAACUCACUCAUCACAAUUGAGUGAAUUGCAGGACAAUAUAUUAUUAUCCUACGAAGCAAAAUGUCCGAAUACUGUAAAUUUAUAUCCACAAGCAAUAACUAAUCCAAGCGCUGUGGUGAGAAAUCUUUUGCCAGGACAACCUUCACCCGGAUUUCGAGUGGUUUCUGCUCCUGAGCAUAGAGUCUCGCAGCAACCGCCUCUAUCAAUUACUGUAAUUACUCCAACUAAUCAACUUGAGCGUCAGCAGUACCGUGGAUUUAUAUCUUCAGCAAGUUUGGUUGGCGGAAUACCGAUAUUUUUGUAUUUAUUUGCACGAAUCGUCGAACUUGAAUCUUCUGAAGAAGAGCAAGCACUUGCACUGUCAAUAGUUAUUAAUUUAGCUCGAAGCGACUCUGAACUUCUCAGUCAGUAUAAUUCAGAGGGCGGUCAGUCGUUAAUCAUGCGUGUGUUAGAGUCACCAAGAUGUAAAGCUGGAAGAUAUUUACUCAAAGCUAUUUUAGAUUCUGCCUGCAGUAGUUCGAUAAUUGUAAAAGACAUUGCUAAUGGAAACAAUCUUACAAUUCUGCAAAGCUCCGAGGCUGUUAUUGUAGAUCCGGAGUUGAUAAAAGAGUCAUUAAGUGUAUGGAAGACCUGGGUCAAACACGAUACGUUCAAUAUGUUUUUACACGCUCUAUUGGUGUUACUGAGAGACCAACAUGGCCAAAGAGAAUUCAACGCAACUCAAUUAAAUAGAGAAGCUAUUGUCGAAACGAUUCUAUUCGUUUGCAAGCAGCAUUUCAUGUACGAAGAUUUAAACACUCUCUGGGACACCACAACUGGUAAUUCAAUAGUGGAAUUAAUUAGAGCGCUCAUGGGUGCUCCUCCGGAAUUUUCUCACCUGGUUGCCAUCAUGGACUAUCUCAUACUAGUCCACCAGGCAUCAGACACUUAUGUCACACACUCACGACACAAUAUGUACUUUUUAUUGCCGCCACUAGUGAUAGAAGAAGCCAAUACUGUGAGUAAAUUAAAGUCUACUGUUUUUAAUCAUUUACCAACAACUGCGAAUACAACGACAACAAGUUCAUCUGACGAAUCUAAUCAUCCUCCGCUCGAAGUGACUAAAUUGAAUAAAGCGCUGAUAAAUGUCCAGCUUCAAAGAGACAGAGCCUUAAAACGUCGUGAAAAACGUAGUAUUAGUAGCAACAAUUCGCAUAAUAAUAAUAGUAAUAAUACCAGAGAAACGAGUGCAGGGGAAGAUUCAGGUAUAGCUGCAAGCGACGGUUCAAAUAAUCAGUUAGGAAAUGACAAUAGUCCAUCCGGAAAAACAGAUGAAAAACGUGUUUGUCAGGGACUUGUCACCGAAGGUCUUUUAUUACUCCUAAGAGAUGCUCUCCGCGUUCUACCCGAUUGUCACAUAGAAUCUGUCGUAAAACACGUAAUUCGAGCAGAAUUGCUUUUAAUUUUACUAAACAAUCCAGAUACCAGAGUUCGAACCGCAGUUGUUAAAGUGAUUCAAAUUUAUCUUCAGCGAGCGGACGAUGAAGAAAUAAAUAAGUUUAUAAAGCAAAAAUAUUUCUUUCACUUGGCUAAUCAAAUUACACUUUACCCCAGCAAUAACAAUGAGUCUUUAUCAUCUUCGUUGGAAUGUCUGGCACUAAGAGGUCCUACAACAUUAGCAGCCAUCCCACCUUUACUAGCGAUGCUUACCAGGAUACCGAUCACCGGAUCAAAUAUUACUAGACCAAUAAUAAAUUUAAUUGUUGAUAUGAUCAACAAAAAUCCCUCUGCUCUGCGUACACUUUUAUCCGACCAGGGUUUGGCAGAAUCAUUGGCUCAGUCUCUCGUUGGAGGAGCACAUAAUUCGUCAAUUGGAGCAUCGCCACCAUUGCUUAUCAAUGACAUCCACAUUCUCUUAGUCAGUAUCGCCACAAAACUACUAGACCAGCCGGGUAGUCAUCACAUGCCAGCAAUAUCAGACUUGCAUUUGAUAUUAAACUAUGUAGAGUUAAAUGAAAGAGCUCAGUGUGGUGCAGAUGCUCCUUGUGUAUCUGUAAUUCGCAACGCUCAGGUAGUUUUGUUUGACGGUGAGCUGGAUGUACUGAUGCCAAAAGUCUCGUCUCUGCAAUCGGGAUUUAAGUUGCGCAGCGCGACUUCGUAUUUAGCUUCUUCAUCAUAUUUGACACACCACAGUGCUCUUACAACUUCCAGCGAACAGAGUGAUCACGAGUCGCGUUCAUCUAGUUACGGAAAUGGAAGCGCUAGUGGUAUCAAUCUUUAUGGAUCACCAAACCGAGAGCCACGGAGAGGAGAAGUCAAUGAACGUUUUCGAAGCAUUCUUUUUAAAGCUAUCGAUUUUUUAACUGCUUCAGAUUGCGCGCCAUCAACCAACGAGCUUGAAUUGACGAAAAGGAUUUACAUUAUACUUUUGUAUGGAUUGUCAAGCAGUUCUUUUGAUAGGAAAAAUAAUUGGAGCGGUUCAUGGUCAAUGAGGUCAAUUUUACGAAAGAAUGCUGCUAAAAUGUUGAUUUGGUUGUUGAGUCCGCAUCAAAGUAACAGCACUCGUGUUUUUACUAUUCGAUCGCUGAUGGAAGAGUCCAGAGGUCGUGAAAUAUUGUCCUCUAUUCUUGAUAUUCACAGCAAUGUUGAAAAAAAGUUGUAUAUAUUCUUGUGGGAUUUAUUUGAGAGACGAACUGAUAUGCCGAGUUCGGAUGCCAGAGUAUGCACGGAAUUCAAAGAAACUUUGGCUGUUUGGCAUCCUGCAUUAUUAAAUCCUGAAGGUACAUCGACAUCCCAAGAGAGGUUGAACAAUGAAGAACAAAUAACUGCGAUGCAUCUCGAGUUUUCAAAAGAUCGUGAAAUUUGGUUGGAGAACAAUCUACUGGCAUUGCACCGAAUAGGAAAUAAAUUUGAUGCGCUGGCCAAACAAUUGACUGAGAGCGCAAUGGUAAUCACCCGGUCUGUGAUAGAAGAACAGAAUCACGAGCGCAAGGCUCUGAUGGAGAAGUUUAAGCACAGCCGGGGACUAGAAGCUCAGUCGAUGGCUCGCUGGAGAGAUUUAACUAAGCGGCUGACUCACGAACGCGCACCUUGGUACUUUCCUGAGUCAUAUCCAAUUAAUUGGGAGCUUGACCCUACGGAAGGACCGGCGCGAGUACGAAUUCGAAUGCAGAGAUGUCAUCUGAAAAUUAAAAAAAAAUUCUUUUUAAAUGACCAGCAAACAGAUCCUAGAAAAACUCCCAAUGAUGACCAAGCUCCUGAAGAAAUAGACCAACCACUGUCGUAUCUUUUUACAAAUAUGAGACGGCAGGAUUUAAAUGCCACGGCUCUUAUUGAGCGACUGCACACCAGUGAGCGGAUUGGAAAAAUGUGUCAAGUCCAAGUAGUAACUCCGCAAACAGAAAUACCUGGCGAAGCUCUAAUUGGUGAAACUUGCUUGUACUUUGUUCCAGACGAUCCAAAAAAAUCAGUUUAUUCUCAAGAUACAGCUCUGCUAGGAGCUGGCUGCAGUGGUCUCGAUCUUGCAAUGGCUGGAGGUACAGCCUGGAAAUUAAAAGACAUCAAAGAGUUGCAUAGAAGACGCUACCAGCUCCAGGAACGAGCGAUUGAAUUUUUUUUAACUACUGGAAGAACCUUGUUGUUAGCUUUUAACUCUUCUAAGGAACGAGAUGAGUUUGUCAGUCAAUUAUUAAACUGCAAUCUACCGCACCGAGUUCCUGGGGAUGAUUUGAACGAAGCUUUAGCUGCUUGGCGCAACGGCUACCUCACAAACUGGGAGUACAUCACGUGCUUGAAUAAACUCGCUGGAAGAUCUUACAAUGAUUUGAUGCAAUACCCGGUGUUUCCUUUCAUAUUAGCUGAUUACAUCAGCAGCAAAAUAGAUCUUACUAAUCCAAAUAUUUACAGAAAUUUGAAGCGUCCAAUGGCUGUCCAGGACAAGAAGAACGAGCAGCACUAUAUAAACAAUUACAACUACUUGAAGCAAGCUCUUGCAGAAGAUCAAAAUUUGAUCGCGUUGAACCAACAGCCUUAUCAUUAUGGCUCUCAUUACAGCAACUCGGGUACUAUUCUUCAUUUUUUGGUCCGACUUCCGCCGUUUACCAACAUGUUUUUAAAUUACCAGGAUAACAACUUUGACAUACCUGACCGAACAUUCCACGCACUGGCAACUACAUGGAGAUUAACGAGUUGCGAUUCAACUACUGACGUCAAAGAAUUAAUUCCAGAGUUUUUUUAUCUGCCAGAAUUUUUCUUAAAUUCUGAAAAUUUUAAUUUUGGAGUGCGACAAAACGGAUGCAGAGUUGGAGACGUUGAACUGCCGAGCUGGUGCAACAAUGACGCUAGAUUAUUUAUACUAGUACAUCGAGCUGCGCUGGAAUCUGACAUAGUUCGUGAGAAUGUGUGUUAUUGGAUCGAUUUGGUGUUUGGUUUCCGGCAAACUGGAAGGCCUGCUGUGGAAGCGAUUAAUGUCUUUCACCCGGCAACAUACUACGGAUUCAACGUCGAUACAAUAUCUGAUCCAGACGAGAGAACCGCUUGGGAAACUAUGGUCAGAACUUACGGACAAACUCCAGCUCAACUUUUCACAGCCGCACAUCCACUGCCUUGCAAUGUUAUGCUUAACUCAUCAAAUUCUUUGGCCUACAAUACCAUUUCACCGGUUAUUGAAGGGGUCGCGGGUAUUAAAUGGGGCAAUUAUGUCGGAGCGCCUGGAAACGAACCUGUUCUAUGCUGGAAGCACAAGCAUCGUGUACCGAUAGUGUCACUCAUUCCCCUUACUACGGGAGAAGUUUUCGGGUUGCCGGUAUGUACUUCUUUGCUCAUUGGAUAUAACAACGAGAAAGGAGGUAACAUGGUAAACAGCACGACAGUAUCAGGAGCAGCCCUCGCUUCUUGGGAUAACAAUGAUGGUAUCAUUAGACUAAAAUCAAAAAAAGAACAGCCUCCUAAGCCGCUAAUGAAAUCUUCUGGAUUCGAUCCGAUAACUGUGUUAGGUUCUGCUGCUGAUUGCGGCCAACUUUGGAUCGGUUACAUGUCAGGAAAAAUUAUGGUCUACUCAUACAGUAUCGAAGCUAGUGGAAAAAUAAAAUUCGAGUCACCAACAGCUCCAGCUUCUGUUCUCUUGGCUCAUAGAUGUGCAAUAACUGUAAUUGUUUUGUCGGGAGCUUUUAGUAUUGCUGUCUCGGGUGACGUCAAAGGUGUCAUUGUCAUUUGGGAUCUAAAUAGUUUGUCAUACGUGAGAUCUAUAGUGUGCCAUGACAUUUAUACGGUAAACAAUAUAUCUAUAAGCGAUACUCUUGGAGAUAUUGCAGUUGUCUGUCAAUUAACAGCGCCAAAACGACAAUUAACAUUGCCGAUAUCUUCUACGGAUCAAAAUAAUUUUGAACACCAGUCUCAGUUGAAAGUAUUUACAAUAAAUGCUAAAUCUGUUGGCACGGUUUUAUCCAGAAGAAGGAUAACUGCGUUAUGUUACAGCAACGCUCCAGAAGGAGUUUCUGUGAAUGUAAUAGCCACUGGGCUUGAUAAUGGAGUAAUAAGAUUAUGGAGUAGCUGGGAUUUGAGAUUAAUCCGUGAAAUCGUAAACGGCGGAACAGACUGUGGGGCUAUAAUAGCAAUAGCAUGGGCAUACGAUCAACAUCAUCUUUAUGCAGCGACUGAAAAUUCAACAGUUUUAAUUUGGGAAGGCUUACGACGACUUAACAGUGGCACACCCAAAUUCGUAAAUUUAACUUCGCUUUGAUUUGAUAAAGCAGGCAUAAUAUUAAACGGCUCUAAUUAAAUAUUUAGAUACUCAAUAGUGUAUUUUGAGUAAUCAAAUAUUAAGAUUUUAUAAAUUUCUCAAAUAUGUGAUAUACUGAAAGUUAUUAUCAUUUACUCCAAAUUGCCAUAAUAUUAAUUAAUAAUAAUAAUAUUAUAUAUCUACGUAAUUAUGUUUUUAUGAUAUUAUUGAAAUAUUUAUAUUAUAUACCGUAGUAUUAUUCGAUAUUUAUAUAUAUUUGAAUUAUGUAUGUAUUUUUAUACUCUAUUGUCAUGAAAUUAAUGAUUCAUAAUAUUUUCAUACUGCAUUAUCAGAAAAAUACCGUAAACCAAGGUAUCGAUGAACAAAUGAGUAACAAUUGAAUUGCAUAAUAAUUGUAUUUUUAUGUAUUCUCUAUGAAAAAUUCCUUAUUGAUUAUGUAUAAAAUUUAAUUUAUAUUAAAUUUCACGUAAA